UGUUGACCUGACAAGAGUCGACGAGGCAAAGCUAUCGACAGCUCCUGUUUAACUCCUCCAAUUUGCAUCGGAGCGAGAACAAAAAGAUACUCGAAAUCUGUCGCAUAAUUGUUUUCCUUUGCGCAUUCUGUGAUCGCGCUUUUCUUUCAUUUGCCGUCGCGUUCGGCGCGUCUCGAGGGGUGCAGUAAACGCAUGGAUACUGCAACCUGGAAGUAAUCGACUGAUCAACGGCAUCCACGACUUCAACGACUCCACCACAUACAGUCAUUAUAGAUCCGAUUUCACGAUGUCGUCUAUACCUCCCCCCCCACCGCCCGGAUGGAGCUCAUCUGCUCAGCCAGCUCAGCCUUUGGGCGCACCACCUGGCGCACCUCCCCCCCCAGGAUACCGACCACCUCAAGAUCCCCAUGUCGCCAAAUUUGCGCAAAAGAAGAAAGAUUGGGUACGGUCACAAAAGAACCGAUUCGGGGAGAAGCGCAAAGGCGGCUUCGUAGAGACGCAAAAGGCCGAUAUGCCGCCCGAACAUUUACGAAAGAUCGUCAAGGACAUAGGAGAUGUUUCGCAAAAGAAAUUCAGCAGCGACAAGCGUAGCUAUCUGGGGGCAUUGAAAUAUAUGCCGCAUGCAGUUAUGAAGUUGUUGGAGAACAUGCCGAUGCCUUGGGAGUCCGCACGAGAAGUCAAGGUUCUAUACCACGUCAACGGCUGUUUGACUCUUGUGAACGAGAUACCACGAGUUAUCGAACCCGUAUUCCAUGCGCAAUGGGCAUCGAUGUGGGUUGUUAUGAGAAGGGAGAAGAGCGAUCGACGCCACUUUAAGAGAAUGCGAUUUCCGCCCUUCGACGAUGAGGAGCCGCCUCUCUCCUGGUCUGAGAAUAUCGAGGACGUUGAGCCGUUGGAGCCUAUCCAGAUGGAGUUGGACGAAAACGAAGAUGCAGCUGUUUACGAAUGGUUUUACGAGAAUCGUCCGUUACUUGACACACCUCAUGUCAACGGCCCAAGCUACAAGGAGUGGAAUUUGACGUUACCCCAAAUGGCAACAUUGUACCGAUUAAGCCACCAACUCUUGAGUGAUUUGGUUGACAAGAACUACUUUCACAUGUUCGAACUGAAGUCUUUCCUCACCGCAAAGGCUCUCAAUGUCGCCAUUCCAGGUGGCCCAAGAUUCGAGCCUCUGUACAAGGAUGUCGAUCCAAAUGACGAAGAUUUUGGAGAGUUCAAUGCCAUUGACCGAAUCAUAUUCCGGGCACCUAUCCGCACUGAAUACCGCGUCGAGUUUCCCUUCCUGUACAAUUCAUUACCACGAAGCGUUCAUAUAAGCAACUACUCAUACCCACAAAUUGUAUAUGUGCGGGCAGAAGAUCCGAGUUUGCCAGCAUUUUAUUUCGACCCCGUUAUCAAUCCAAUCUCGUCUAGAUCAGUGGCGCCGAAGAACAUCACGGUUAGCCACGAGGACGAGCUAUUUGGAUAUGGCAAUAAUGAGGAACCGGAGGAGGACGCAUUCGUACUUCCGCAAGAAGCUGAGCCGUUUUUUGCGGAUGAGGAGCUGUAUACUAGUGAGACAGCAUCGGCGAUUGCGCUCUGGUGGGCCCCCUAUCCCUUUGAUAGAAGGUCAGGCCGAAUGGUUCGGGCACAAGAUGUGCCCCUUGUCAAGCAGUGGUACCUUGAGCAUUGUCCCCAAGGCCAGCCGGUUAAGGUCCGUGUUUCAUACCAGAAGCUACUGAAGACCUACGUUUUGAACGAACUACACAAGAAGAAGCCCAAAGCCCAAAACAAGCAAAAUCUUAUGAAAUCGCUAAAGCAGACCAAAUUCUUUCAACAGACCACAAUCGACUGGGUCGAAGCAGGUCUUCAAGUUUGUCGCCAAGGCUUCAACAUGCUGAAUCUCCUGAUACACAGAAAGAACCUUACGUACCUUCAUCUCGAUUACAAUUUUAAUUUGAAGCCCGUCAAGACGCUGACCACCAAGGAGCGAAAGAAGUCGCGCUUCGGAAAUGCUUUCCACUUGAUGAGAGAAAUUUUGAGACUCACCAAGCUCAUUGUUGAUGCCCAAGUCCAAUAUCGACUGGGAAACAUCGAUGCAUUCCAACUGGCAGAUGGAAUUCUGUAUGCUUUCAACCACGUGGGCCAGUUGACCGGCAUGUACCGAUAUAAGUACAAGCUCAUGCAUCAAAUCCGUUCUUGCAAGGAUUUAAAGCAUCUCAUUUACUACCGAUUUAACUCUGGCCCAGUUGGCAAAGGUCCUGGCUGUGGUUUCUGGGCGCCUGCGUGGAGAGUAUGGCUCUUUUUCAUGCGUGGUAUUAUCCCACUCCUGGAAAGGUGGCUUGGGAAUUUGCUUUCUCGUCAAUUCGAAGGGAGGCACAGCAAGGGAGUUGCCAAGACCGUCACAAAGCAACGUGUAGAGUCUCACUUUGAUCUCGAACUUCGUGCAUCAGUUAUGGCGGAUCUAAUGGACAUGAUGCCGGAGGGAAUUAAGCAAAACAAGGUCAACACCGUUUUGCAGCAUUUGUCCGAGGCAUGGAGAUGCUGGAAGAGUAACAUUCCCUGGAAGGUGCCUGGCCUACCUGCACCAAUUGAGAACAUUAUUCUGCGCUAUGUUAAAAGCAAAGCAGAUUGGUGGAUUUCUGUGGCACAUUACAACCGCGAACGUAUUCGCAGAGGCGCAACGGUCGACAAAACAGUCGCGAAGAAGAACUUGGGUAGGUUGACACGCCUUUGGCUUAAGGCAGAACAAGAGAGGCAGCACAACUAUAUGAAGGAUGGACCUUAUGUUUCCUCAGAGGAAGCUGUCGCCAUUUACACGACAACUGUUCACUGGCUGGAGUCCCGAAAGUUCUCUCCUAUCCCAUUCCCGAGUGUGUCCUACAAGCAUGAUACCAAAAUCCUAAUCCUUGCCCUCGAACGUUUACGGGAAGCUUAUUCCGUCAAGGGUCGGCUGAACCAGAGCCAGCGCGAAGAGCUUGCGUUGAUCGAGCAAGCAUAUGACAGCCCUGGAACUACACUGGAGAGAAUUAAGCGUUUCUUGCUUACUCAAAGAGCAUUUAAGGAAGUUGGAAUUGAUAUGAACGACAAUUACAGCACUAUAAACCCAGUCUACGAUAUUGAGCCGGUCGAGAAAAUCAGCGAUGCAUACCUUGACCAAUAUCUGUGGUAUCAAGCUGACCAGCGCCAUUUGUUCCCGGCUUGGAUCAAGCCUUCUGACUCCGAAGUCCCACCCCUUUUGACCUACAAAUGGGCGCAAGGUAUCAACAACCUUGAUAAAGUCUGGGAGACUGAGAAUGGAGAAUGUGAUGUAAUGAUUGAAACUCAGUUGUCUAAAGUGUACGAGAAGAUUGACUUGACGCUUCUCAACCGACUUCUCCGCCUGAUUAUGGACCACAAUCUAGCAGAUUACAUCACGUCAAAGAACAACGUCCAACUGACCUACAAGGACAUGAACCAUGUUAACAGUUAUGGUAUGAUCCGCGGCCUGCAAUUUUCGGCAUUUGUUUUCCAAUAUUAUGGCCUUGUAUUGGAUCUGCUCCUGCUGGGUCUGCAGCGUGCCAGCGAGAUUGCUGGCCCCCCUCAAAGCCCCAACGAUUUCUUGCAAUUUAGAGAUCGAGAGACCGAGACCAGGCAUCCUAUCAGACUUUACACGAGAUAUAUCGACCGAAUUUGGGUGUUUUUCCGAUUCUCAGCCGACGAGUCGAGAGACCUUAUUCAGCGCUUCUUAACGGAGCAGCCUGAUCCCAACUUUGAGAAUGUCAUUGGAUAUCGCAAUAAAAAGUGCUGGCCAAGGGAUUCUCGCAUGCGUUUAAUGAGGCACGAUGUGAACCUCGGUCGGGCAGUGUUCUGGGACUUGAAGAAUAGAUUGCCACGCUCAGUUACCACUAUUGAGUGGGACGACACUUUCGCAAGUGUUUACAGCAGGGACAACCCGAACUUGCUAUUCUCCAUGUGUGGAUUUGAGGUCCGAAUCCUACCGAAGUCCAGAAACAUGAACGAUGAGUUCCCAGUCAAGGACAGUGUUUGGUCGCUGGUCGACAAUACAAGCAAAGAGAGGACUGCACAUGCUUUCUUGCAGGUCACCGAGGAAGAUAUUGCCAAGUUCAAUAAUCGCAUUCGGCAGAUUUUGAUGUCUUCUGGUUCGACAACGUUCACGAAAAUUGCCAACAAAUGGAACACCAGUCUGAUUGCGCUUUUUACAUACUAUCGAGAAGCUGCCGUCUCUACGGUCAAUCUUCUCGACACUAUUGUCAAAUGCGAAACCAAGAUUCAGACGAGAGUCAAGAUCGGAUUGAACUCUAAGAUGCCUUCUAGGUUCCCGCCAGCUGUAUUCUACACGCCGAAGGAGUUAGGUGGUUUAGGCAUGAUAUCCGGCUCGCAUAUCCUGAUCCCAACGAGUGAUAAGCGCUGGUCGAAGCAGACGGACACUGGUGUCACCCAUUACCGUGCUGGUAUGACCCACGAUGAGGAUACUUUGAUUCCAAAUAUCUUCCGAUAUAUUAUCCCUUGGGAGGCAGAAUUCAUAGAUUCUCAGCGAGUCUGGACCGAAUACUCCCAGAAGCGCCUUGAAGCCAACCAGCAAAACCGACGCUUAACACUGGAGGAUCUCGAGGACAGCUGGGAUCGAGGAUUGCCCCGUAUCAAUACUCUGUUCCAGAAGGAUAGGAGUACCCUGAGCUUUGACAAAGGUUUCCGUGCUCGCACAGAAUUCAAAACAUACCAGCUUAUGAAGAGUAAUCCAUUCUGGUGGACCAGUCAAAGACACGAUGGUAAACUGUGGAACCUGAAUGCAUACCGAACAGAUGUUAUCCAGGCGCUUGGCGGCGUGGAAACUAUUUUGGAACAUACUCUCUUCAAGGCUACAGCUUUCCCGUCUUGGGAAGGCCUUUUCUGGGAGAAAGCCAGUGGGUUCGAAGAAUCGAUGAAGUUUAAGAAGCUGACCAACGCUCAACGGUCUGGUUUGAACCAAAUUCCCAACCGUCGAUUUACAUUGUGGUGGUCGCCAACUAUCAACCGCGCCAACGUCUACGUCGGCUUCCAAGUACAGCUGGAUCUCACUGGUAUUUUCUUGCACGGAAAGAUUCCCACCUUGAAGAUCUCUCUUAUCCAAAUCUUCAGAGCUCAUUUGUGGCAAAAGAUCCACGAGAACGUCGUCAUGGAUCUUUGUCAAGUAUUUGAUCAAGAGCUGGAGUCUUUGGGAAUCGAGACGGUUCAAAAGGAGACGAUUCAUCCGAGAAAGUCUUACAAGAUGAACAGCUCUUGCGCUGAUAUCCUCCUGUUCGCGAGUCACAAAUGGAACGUAACGAGACCAUCAAUUCUAUUUGAUACCAAGGAUGUUAUUGAGCCGACGACAACCAACAAAUUCUGGGUCGAUGUACAGCUACGCUAUGGUGACUACGAUUCUCAUGACAUUGAGCGAUACACCCGUGCGAAGUACCUGGACUAUACGACUGAUAGCAUGAGUAUUUACCCUUCGGCGACAGGUCUCAUGAUUGGUAUUGACUUGGCAUACAAUCUAUACUCGGCCUAUGGGCAAUACUUCCCAGGUUUGAAAACGCUUGUUCAGCAAGCUAUGGCCAAGAUCAUGAAGGCUAACCCGGCCCUGUACGUUCUCCGAGAACGUAUCCGCAAGGGUCUUCAGCUCUACGCUUCGGAGAGCAACCAAGAGUUCCUGAACUCUCAGAAUUACUCUGAGCUGUUUAGCAACCAAAUUCAGCUUUUCAUUGACGACACUAACGUUUACCGUGUCACCAUUCACAAGACUUUCGAGGGUAACUUGACAACAAAACCUAUCAACGGCGCUAUCUUUAUCUUCAAUCCUCGGACAGGCCAGCUCUUCUUGAAGAUCAUCCAUACCAGUGUUUGGGCAGGACAGAAGCGUUUAGGUCAACUAGCGAAGUGGAAAACUGCCGAAGAAGUGGCUGCUCUCAUCCGCUCGCUCCCAGUUGAAGAACAGCCGAAGCAACUUAUUGUGACCAGAAAGGGUCUAUUGGAUCCUCUAGAGGUCCAUUUACUCGACUUCCCGAAUAUCUCCAUCCGUGCCUCCGAGUUGCAGCUGCCGUUCCAAUCUGCAAUCAAGUUGGAAAAGCUCAACGACAUGAUUCUUCGAGCUACGGAGCCUCAGAUGGUACUUUUCAAUCUGUACGACGACUGGCUGAAGACGAUCUCGUCUUACACGGCGUUCUCUCGUCUCGUCUUAAUCUUGCGUGCGCUCCACGUCAAUGCAGACAAGACAAAGCUUCUGCUGAGACCUGACAAAACCGUCAUCACUCAGGAGCAUCAUAUCUGGCCAAGCUUGUCAGACGAGGAUUGGAUCAAGGUUGAAACACAACUCCGAGAUCUCAUCCUGAAUGAUUACGGCAAGAAGAACAAUGUCAACACCUCCAGUUUGACUAGUAGCGAAGUCCGUGAUAUUAUCUUGGGUAUGGAGAUCAGUGCUCCUUCCAUGCAACGUCAACAGGCAGCGGAAAUCGAGAAGCAGCAACAGGAGCAGCAACAGCUUACUGCCGUUACCACCAAGACUCAAAAUGUCCACGGAGAGGAUAUCAUUGUCACAACCACAUCCCAGUUCGAGCAGCAAACCUUCGCAUCGAAAACUGAGUGGCGUACGAGGGCUAUUGCCACGUCUAAUCUACGAACCCGUGCGAACAACAUUUACAUCUCUUCGGAUGACAUCAAGGAGGAUGAUCAUUUUACCUAUAUCAUGCCUAAAAAUGUACUGAAGCGCUUCAUCACCAUUGCGGAUCUGCGCGUUCAAGUUGCUGGGUACCUGUAUGGAUCAUCCCCGCCUGAUAAUGACCAAGUUAAGGAGAUUCGCUGUAUCGUUAUGGUUCCUCAGAUUGGUAAUACUCGCGAUGUCCAACUACCACAUCAGUUACCCCAGCAUGAGUACCUGGAGAAGCUGGAGCCGCUCGGUAUUAUCCACACUAUUUCUGGAAAUGAGCCCCCAUACAUGACUGCGGCCGAUGUUACACAGCAUGCGCGCCUCAUGAAUUCUCACAACUCAUGGGACAAGAAAACCAUCACUAUGACGGUUUCUUUCACACCAGGAAGUGUUUCUCUCGCGUCGUGGGCACUCACUCCGCAAGGAUACAAAUGGGGAGCUGAGAACAAGGACCUCGGUAGCGAACAACCUCAAGGAUUCAGUACGAGCAUGGGGGAGAAAUGCCAACUGCUGUUAUCCGACAAGAUCCGAGGAUAUUUCCUCGUACCAGAGAACAACACCUGGAAUUACAGCUUCAUGGGAAGCGCAUUCGGCGGAAUCGAGAAGAAGCCAGUUCACGUGAAAAUUGAUACACCCCUACCCUUUUACAACGACCAACAUCGACCCCUACACUUCCAGAAUUUUGCCGAACUGGAAGAUAUCUGGGUGGACCGGUCGGAUAAUUUUGCUUAAUGGUUAUAAGAUUGCGAGCUUCUAGAAGCAAUUUGGAUCGUUCUACGCGUCAAGGCAUGGAUUGUGGCUUGGGAUGGGACAUGACAAUUUAAGGGGCGUUUGCGGGCGCCUGGGCAGGGCUGUAGUGUAAUAUUGUGUACUGUACUUUACCAUAUGUAUUGAUUGAAUUCGGUUUAGAUUCCCAAAAAUAUACACACUCUAGCGC